AUGCUCCUCAUGACAGCCCAUGCGCAGACGGACGCGCCGACGCCCCGACCCCAGACCCCACCGACGGACACGCCGCGGCCGACGCCAUCGCCAUCACCUAGGCCGCGCAACUGGACGCCGUCGCCCACGCGGUCGCCGAAGCCGACGCUGCCGCCGACGUUAUCCUUUUCGCCCACGUUCGCGCCGUCGCCGGCACCGUCCGUGUCGCCGUCGGCGGCCCCCUCACCGCACCCGACGCCCCAGCCCCAGACGGCCGCGCCGACGCAGAAGCCGAUUCCCGAGAAGUUUCCGUUUUACUUCACGGUCGCUGGUGUGGAGGUCAUGAAGACGCAGAUCACGUUCCUGAACUCGCUUUGUGCUUGCGUCUUCGUGGGCGGGACGCUGCGGCAUUUGUAUGAUAGUUUAUGGCGGCCGAAGAUGUCGCUCGUCGAGGGCGGGCUGCGGAGCAACCGGCGGUUCUAAGGCUUUUGUUUGUGUGUGUGAUUCUUGUGGUUUCUUCCGUUGGCCGGCCGCGUUGGGUUUCUCUGUAGCGUAGGAUAUCUCGUAGGACCGCCGGCCGCGCAUCGGGCAGCGCACGCUCGCGAGGUCGAAGACGCCGGCGCGCCGCGUCCGUCCGGGAUAGUGAGUGCCCUCGCCGAGAUCUGGUUUGUGGCGUAGCUAGGGCUGCGGCAACGCUCCUAGUGCUCCUUCCUAGCGUGCUCUGCUGAAACAGCCUAAGCGCGAGGUCGAGGCCUGUGUGGAAAUCAACCAGUGUGUCGGGUGCGCUGGCUCCGUCGAGCGGUGAGGAACCGGCACCGCCACGCCAUCGAACGCGCCGUAAAAUUUUGAUUUCCGCACAGGUCGAGGCGAUCGACUCGCCGAACAACAACGGAGUGGGCCUACGGCUGGGCGUCUUUGGAUGUGCUGUUGGUGGCGAUCCUCGCGACGGCCAUUCAAUUGCCUCGACUCGUGAGGAUGUUGGUGAGGGGGCCGUGCAAGGAGGUCGACGGGGCAUUGUCCGCAUUCAUGGAGAAUGCCCUCGGUGGUGAUACCACCUGCUUUAGAUUGGCCGUGCGCAUCCGCCCGGGAAUGGUGUUCCUCGCGUUCGUCGCAGUCUUGCAUAUGGUCUUCGGCGCGCUCGCGGCGCACAACGGGAACACGGCCGUGGCCGAGCGCGUCGCCGCCGAGACCGACCUGCCCGUCAAGCGCCGGUCCUCGUUCGAGCCCGAGGCCGCCGAGGCCGCCGAGGAGGUCAAGGAGGACGACAAGUCGGACGAAAAGAAGGGCUUCAGCAUGUGGGAGAGCAUCUCGCGCAGCGUGACACCGCCGGCGCCCGGCACCGAGUCGCCCAUCCACGUGAAGAUCGAGGAGUAA